GGGUUUUCCGAUUUAUACAAACUUGAACAAAACUUAGUUUGUUGAAUUUCAAUUGACAUUAUGCUCAUUUUGAUGGAGACGAUUUGUAGUAUUUGAGAUAAAUUUGUGAUGUUUUGGGGACUAGUAUGGGUUCUAAUGUCAUAGGCUGUGGUUGCUGGCAGGUGCUUGGUGAUGGUUUGGCUCCAGGGAUCAGCCUAUCCCAUUCCGAAGCAAGAAAAAAAAUUGAAGAAAAAAUGGAAAUCCAUUACAGUAAUAAAAAGAAGGAUUUCCUGUCUGAAGUUGAAGCCGAGGAGUCAAUUAAAAAGUACACCAAGCCCUCUAGAAAACUCCUUCAGGACGAAAUGCUUAUUAAAAUAUUUGGGAUUAAGGAUGGCCAUGGAGAAAAUUCAUGUACCCAUACCCAUGAACGCUGUUUUGAGAACAUUUGUUGUUCUGGUUGCGUGUGUGGGAGAUAUAGUUUACGGAACACAGAUCCAGUGCAAUUGCUGGAUUUCUUGUCCAGCAAAGUCCUCCGGCUGUUGAAGCUGCUUGUCAAACCUGAUGUUGUCAUGAUCUAUAUUUUGUGUUGUGUAAAUCUCUUAUUGUGGAUACAACAUUUCUCGGCUAAUUACUCAGAAUAUAGAUCAAAAAAAGAUUAAUUGCA